AUGGGUCAAGGCCAGUCUGGUAUGGGUGGUGAGGGGGGACGGAAUGAAAAGGACAAGAAGAAGGACAAGCCCAAGUACGAGCCCCCGCCGAGGCCAACAACCCGGGUCGGCCGCAAGAAGAGAAAGGCUGGCGGUACUAGCGCUGCUGCCAAGCUCCCUGCUGUCUAUCCCACGAGCCGAUGCAAGCUUCGGCUGCUGCGAAUGCAGAGAAUCCACGACCACCUGCUCCUCGAAGAAGAAUAUGUCGAGAACCAAGAGAGACUGCGCAAGGCCAAGGCCGCCAAGGAGGCCGACGAGCGGGGCCGUGUCGACGAUAUGCGAGGAAGCCCAAUGAGCGUCGGCACAUUGGAAGAGCUCAUUGACGAUGAUCAUGCCAUCGUGAGCAGCACUACGGGUCCUGAAUACUACGUCAGCAUCAUGAGCUUUGUCGACAAGGACCUCCUCGAGCCUGGCGCCAGCGUUCUGCUGCACCACAAGAGCGUCAGCAUUGUUGGAGUCUUGACGGAUGACACAGACCCCAUUGUCAGCGUCAUGAAGCUCGACAAGGCGCCAACGGAGUCCUACGCUGAUAUCGGUGGUUUGGAGCAGCAGAUUCAAGAGGUUCGAGAGUCAGUGGAGCUGCCAUUGCUUCAUCCCGAGCUGUACGAGGAGAUGGGCAUCAAGCCCCCCAAGGGUGUCAUCCUAUACGGUGCUCCUGGUACCGGAAAGACCCUUUUGGCAAAGGCAGUUGCCAACCAGACAUCCGCUACGUUCUUGCGUAUCGUGGGCAGCGAGCUGAUUCAGAAGUAUCUGGGAGAUGGCCCCCGGUUGGUGCGACAGCUGUUCCAGGUUGCUGGUGAAAAUGCACCUUCCAUUGUUUUCAUUGAUGAAAUCGAUGCCAUUGGUACGAAACGAUACGAUUCCACGUCAGGAGGAGAGCGUGAAGUUCAGCGAACCAUGCUGGAGCUUCUCAACCAGCUUGACGGCUUCGACGACCGCGGCGACGUCAAGGUCAUCAUGGCAACCAACAAGAUCGAUACGCUUGACCCUGCGCUGAUCCGACCCGGCCGAAUCGAUCGAAAGAUUCUGUUCGAGAACCCCGACCAGAACACGAAACAUCUGGAUGAGUUCAUCUCCCAGAAGGAUGACCUGUCUGGUGCCGAUAUCAAGGCCAUUUGCUCAGAGGCUGGCAUGAUGGCUCUACGAGAGCGACGCAUGCGGGUGCAGAUGGCGGAUUUCCGAUCUGCUCGAGAGCGGGUGUUGCGCACCAAGCAAGAGGGUGAGCCGGAGGGUCUGUAUCUGUAA